GAGCUGGUUACAAGUCACUUGCACUUGUGCACUGAGGAUAAACAUCCAGCAGGUGAUUUGAACCUUGAAAGACAUCCACUGACACCAUGUCUGCUCUACACUGGAUUUGUGCUCUGACACUGGCGCUGGUCUGCUCCCUAAGCGCCCAGCCUGUGAAACGAAGCAUCAUUGCCCAAGAUAUGUUUAAGACUGCGUUUAAAGGUUUCAAAGACGGUAUUAGUGCUAAAUGUCCAAAGAACACGAGACUCUACUCCCCUGACAUUCAGGAGGAUUGUUUGUCUUCAGCACUGAAAUGCACUAUUGCUGAGCUAAAGGUCCUUGAAGUUGAAUGCAACGUUACUGAAAAUGAUGACUUCAUGAUGAUCUACGAAGGACUGAACAAGGAAAAGUGGAAUACAUCAUCAAGCUCACCCCGAAACUGCACCUGUGAGUUGUACAACCAAACACAUGUGAAGGAGUUUGUAGAGAACAUGGAACGUCUGGUGCAACUACUCUACACAAGAACACAGUGAUCAUGUGAAGGUUAACCUGCUCUUGACCACUGCAGGCUUUGGGUCAUAAAAAGCUAUUUCUAGACAAUGUUUAGGAAACUUAAAAAACAUCAGGGUUCAGCAAUUUAAAUUAUUGUUAUGUUUUUUGUUUUUUUUUUAUGUGAUGUAUCAUACUGGUUUAUGAUAUUAAUUGAAUCAUGUUAUACGUCUUUAUACAUUGCACUGCUAGGAAUGUAUCCUUGAUAUAUAGUUGUGUAUGUAACUUCUAUGAAGACCAACAUGUUGCCAGUUCUCUGAGUUGUAUUUAUUUUUUUUAUUUUUUAAAGAAAAGCACUAGAAUGUUUUACAUAAGCUUUGCUGCUUAUUUAUGUAUUUAAGAAACUAUUUAUUGGUUAUUUAUAAGAUGUCUGCCAUGUAUUUUAAGAUAAAUAAAUGUGAACAUUUGAAUUCUAAAA